AUGAGCGAACAACAAAACGCUCCUGGCCGUGGUGCUGCACCGGGGUCAGCGAUACCACCUCCAAAAGAGCAGAUGGAAUAUAGUUGCGCGGAUUGUGGGGCGACGAACGAAAUCAAAUCUCGUGAGCCAAUCCGUUGUCGCGAGUGUGGCCACCGCAUAAUGUACAAGAAGCGAACGAGGCGAAUGGUCCAAUUUGAAGCUCGAUGA